GUUUCUUCAAGGUAGCAGUGGACCAGAGGACAAAUUGUUUUCAAAGGGAUCGGCUAGAUAUAGCUGUUGCCGUUUAUUUUUAUCUGGGGAUGACCAUUCACCAAUUGCAAACACUCCAUCUUCUGGAAAUGUGAAAGAUUGAAUUAUUAACCUCUGAAGCCUCAUGGAAUUUCUUUGGUGUCCUUCACAAGAGUUUCUCUUUCCAGUAAUUAUAUGAUUUGAGACCUGAGGAUGUGUAAUAGGUAUCCUGAGGUCCUUAGUUUGUACAAAAUGGUCUAUCCUGUAGUCCAUAUACUUGAUCUGAUGGGGCUCAUAAUAGAAGGGCCACAAAUAUUCAUGAUAAAGGCAAUCCUUCUCUUCUGUUUCCAAGGAACAUCUAAGAAAGAAACAGAGCAAUGGUACUCAUUCAAGUAUAAAAGGGCAAAGCUUGGCUGGCUACUGCCUUCCAACAUGGGAAAUUUUGGGGAGUAGUUCAUCUGUGGUGGGCUGCAUCAGAUCAACAGUUUGGAUCGCUUGAACAUGGGCCCCACUUUUUUGAACUGAAAACUGGAGGAAUGCUAUACAUAUCCUUUUGUCUUCCUCUUGCUGAUCUAUCUAAAGUGCUGCAUUUUGACCUACAUCUUUCUUCAGAUGGUAUUUCACAGCUCCCAUCAAUUCAAUCACAUGAUACACAUCAACCAGAAAGGCUGGACUUGAAUAAACCCAUUCUUGAAACUUCAGUAUUUCGGGGUGACACAUGCAUGCCAAAAGUAUCACAGAAAUCCCCAUCACUAUCUGUCACCAAAGACAACAGCAAAAGCGGGAAGAAAUCUCAAGAGAAGUUUGAUUUGGGGCACCUUCAAAAUACCAAUAUUCAUGAUGCAGUAGAGCUUUCUAUUGCAGCAUCUGAAGCGUUGGCCAUAUCUGAGCUCGUAAAGAGUGGUCCACCUUCUGAAGCCUUUCCAGCUGCAUCUAUACUGGAAAUGGCACUUCGGGUAAAGCAAGCACGGAAUCGAUAUCAUAUGGAUGAGUUGGAGGAUGACCCUGCUGGCAAAGAUGAUGGCAUUGAUGAGACUGAUCGUCUCUCGGACUUGGAUGAAAACACCAUGGAAGAUGCAUUUGAAGAUGUUGGCUUGCCUGUUACACGAGUUGCUGCCUCUCCUGAUGAUUUCUGUGGUCUCCAGACGUCUUCUUCUCCGAAUUAUCAUACUUAUAGCUAUAGUUCAGCUACAAAGCAUGAACACGAUUCAUAUACAAAUUCUUCUCAUGUUCUAAAUACAAACAUCUUGGGAAGUCACUACAAAUGUGAUGGAGAAGUUAAAAAUAAAGAAAAGGGGUCUCAAGAUGUUGAUUUUAUUGAUGCUUUUGCCACAGAGUUAAGAUCGAAGGAGUUGCCACAGGAAUAUCCUGAGAUGCGGCAAACGGAGCCAUGUGGUGAUGGGCCUUUCGGCUUUUCUACUAACAAUAUAGAAAGCCAUUUGAAUGUAGGCUCACAUCAGCCAGUCCAGACAACCAAAGAUACUUCAGCUACAACAAAGAGUCCUAAAGAAGAUGGAAUGAUUGCAGAGGGACUGAACUAUGAAGUAGAAGGUGUAAAAUUGUUCCGUAGUGAAGCAAGCAUGGUACCCUCCCCCUGCAUCAUGGAUUCACAGAAAGCUGUUGUGGAAAAUGCAGUAAAUGAUGUUCCAAAACUCACAAUGGAACAAUUCAAAAGCCGUUGGUUUGGUGGUUGGACUGGGAAGGAUGUUGAAGUCACUAUAGGUGGGGGUUGGAAUAACAACAAAAGCAUACCGAAGUUCUUCAUUACGGAGACUAGCUUCCUUUCAGAAUCUGUGGACAUUGUCACAGACGAGAGCUCAGUGCAGAAACCAGACGCUGUGCCCGAAGUGGUUUCACUGUCAAGUAUUCCCCUUGUAGCUGUUCCUCGAAAUACUAAUGAGGGGACAUUGCUUUCCCAAGAUGUCACGGGAUCUUCUAACUUCUCAAUGGCAGAUCCUCUUUGCUCUGUUGUACCAUGCAGUAUUUCCUUGGACAAUGACCACACCAUGCAAGAUUCUGGCCAGAAAGAUUUAGAAAAAGAAGAAGCUGGAAAGGGCUUGAAUCUGAUUACAGAGCAUGUUGGAUUAGAGACUAUCCCAGUGAUGCCAUUUGUUCAUGGGGAAGAGAAUGUUGCUUCCAAGAUGAGUAGUGAAGGUUUACCGGCAACGACUCGAAAGCAGCUAACUUCAUUGAGGUUGUACAGCAUGGUGGAGCCUGCCCGCUACACUAGUCCUGGAGGAGAGUUUGUUUGCAUCAAUGAAUCAGUCCCAUUGGUGGGUCCAACUGAGAGCCAUAGACAAAUUCUUCCCUCUGAAAGAAAUGUUGAUUGCUUCAUGUCUCUCAACAAAGAGGAUUUUGCAGUUCAGUUGAGAGGCAAACCAAUUGGUGUCAAGAUGCCUGAUUCUGUUAGUAACAGAAACACCGACACCGUUCAAAAAGAGCAGGUCCAUCAAAACAUUGCUGAGAUGGCUAAUGGGAUCGAGGUGCAGGUCCAUCAACACAAGGAAAGGUCCUCACCUCUUGUAUUGAAUUAUGGGACCCGGCGGCGGCUUAAGGCUUGUAAUAUUAUUGUAAGUGAUACUGAAGAUGAGAGCUCGAAAACGGCUUUGAUACCUUGCAAGAGGAAAACCAGAUUAGACGAUUCAAGGACAGAUGUCAGUUGUGUGGAUCAAGCUAAGGCUACAUCAGUUUCCCUGCUGCAGUCGAGUUUACAUUCAUAUCCCCAUGAAAAACAAACUGCAGCAAAGAAGAAAGUUCGCUUUACAGAAGCGGAAGUUGAGCACCGGUCGAAGAAUACUGUUGAAAAGUCUUCUGGCUAUCAAACUCUCCAUGCAGGUUCACAUGCUGGAGCUGGUAAAAGGGUAAAAGCUUCUGGCCUGGGGUCCAUGUUCGAAAUUGGAAAGGAAAAUUAUCAUUGCUUGAAAAGUUGUGGCAACAAGUAUAGAAAGGGAAUGCUCUUGCAGAGCUUUGAGUUCCUGCUGACAGGAUUUUCAAGAAAGAAGGAAAAGGAACUUGAGAUGCUAAUUAGGAAACAUGGAGGUAUUGUUCUUUCUGAUGUCCCAUCACCUUCACCAAACUUAAGAGGAAAGAGACAAUCAGGACAAAAGCACCGGCUGCUCCCUGUCGUGCUAUCUCCAAAGAAGGUGGAAACUACAAAGUUCUUAUACGGCUGUGCAAUAGACACCGUGUUGCUGAAAGCUAACUGGCUUAAUGAUUCAGUGCUGUCUGGUUCUGUAUUAUCACCGGAUAAAUACCUGAUUCUACCAAAUCAAGCAUCCAAUGGGAAGCAGAUGAGAAUUGGGCAGCCAGUCUGUUUUAACCAUUCCCGAAUCUUUGACAGAGUAGGAAUCAUGCUCUAUGGAAAACCAACUUUUUUCUCCAAUUUGGCGAAAGUUGUAAAGCAUGGAGGUGGUCAGGUGUUCAAGACUCUCCAUUUGUUGGUCCAAAACUUAAAGAAUGGGAGGAAUUCUGUGGGGGUCAUUGUUGUUGAGGAAGAGGGUCGAGCAUCGCGCCACCUUAAACAAUGCGCUUCAGAGCAGAAGCUGCCAUUGAUGCCAGCAAGCUGGAUCAUAAAGAGCUUACAUAUGGGAAAGCUGCUCUCAUUCAAGAACAAUGUUCGGUCCGCUCUUCCGUGUAUGAGCAGGAUGCCGCAAUUCCCACCAGCCAUGGAUUUCAGUGAAGAAAUUUGAUUGUUUACUUUUCUGCGAUUCUACCAAUGCCUCGCAGAAAAGUAGUUAUGGGCAUGAGGACACUCCAAUCUAUUGAAGAUGUUCAAUUCUUUAUUCAGAUAUUUCCUGGGGAAAGUUCAAAUCCUUGUGGUCAGACCUCUCUGGGGUGCUACAAUCCAUCCAAUAGACAUAUGACUGCCAAUCCAGACCGCCAAAUGGUGGGCCUCAUUCUGGAGCACUGCUUGAAAAUCAAAUGGAUUGGACACUCCUAACCAGCUGAAGAAGGUUAUAAAGAGAAUGGUCAAUGGUCCAAAUUUCAAGGUUCCAAAUCAGAUAGUUAAGAUUCUCCAUCCCAGUGGAACCCACAAUCUGAAGGGUCCAAAAUUAGCACCCAUGUUUGCAAUGUCUACACUGGGUAAGUUGUAGCGCUCUAGCCAGGUUAGCAGGCCUGACAGCACCUGGAGCCUUGUACUAAUUUGAAGAGUGAACUAGUGGCAGGUUAAGGCUAAUGGGAGGAAUCGUGAUGGUAACGUUGGGAAUCUGCGCCCAGCUAGAAAUGGGCCAUGAAUGACAAGUUGCAUAUUGAAAUGGUAUAGCAUCUCAUCGUCAGGUGGUUGAAAGAGAUUCAAACGAAGCAGAAGCUAGGGCACUAGCACAAAGACUAAAAAAUAUUCCUACAUUCUUCUAUGAUUCGACAGUAGGAAGGCAAUUUGCAAGAUGUAACCAGAUUAGCGUCCUCCCAAGGCACUGGUACAUCCCAUUAUGGUUCAUAGCCAAGGGAAUCUAGAAGUUCAGAGUGGCGAGCCAGAGUGCCAACAUCAUAGCCGUAGGAAGUUAUGGACCUUUUGGCCCAUCUUAUGCUGUAUUCUCAUUCGACUCUUCAAUAAAUUAAGCAGCCAUUUUACCAAGGUAUCAGGAAUUGCUUGAAUUCAAUUUUAAGUUAUUGAGUUGCAUUUGGACA